GCCAUAUAACUAUUGUAAUGAAAGAUAUAUCCUUAGAUGAAUAUAUAGAUACCGACUCUAUUACAUGGUCACAAAAACCUAAAUUGAAAAAAAAGCAUACAACUAUGUCGUAUUAUGAUAUGUAUAGUAAUGGGGGAACAUGGGACAAAAAAUAAAUCCAAUUGGUUUCAGACUUGGUACAACCCAAGGUCAUCAUUCCCUUUGGUUCGCACAACCAAAAAAUUAUUCUGAGGGUCUGCAAGAAGAUAAAAAAAUAAGAACUUAUAUCCAGAAUUAUGUACAAAAAAAUAUGAAAACAUCUUCUGGCGUCAAGGGAAUUGCACGUAUAGAGAUUCAAAAAAGAAUCGACCUGAUCCAAAUCAUAAUCUAUAUGGGAUUUCCAAAAAUCUUAAUUGAAAGUCGACCCCGAGGAAUCGAAGAAUUACAGAUGAAUUUACAAAAAGAAUUUCAUUCUGUAAAUAGAAAACUUAACAUUGUUAUCACACGAAUUGAAAAGCCUUACGGAAACCCUAAUAUUCUUGCAGAAUUUAUAACGGGCCAAUUAAAAAAUAGAGUUUCUUUUCGCAAAGCAAUGAAAAAGGCUAUAGAAUUAACUGAACAAGCAGAUACAAAAGGAAUUCAAGUGCAAAUUGCAGGACGUAUCGACGGAAAAGAAAUUGCGCGUGUUGAAUGGAUCAGAGAGGGGAGGGUUCCUCUACAAACCAUUCGAGCUAAAAUUGAUUAUUGUUGCUAUACAGUUCGAACGAUCUAUGGGGUAUUAGGCAUCAAAAUUUGGAUAUUUAUAGACGGGGAAUAAUAAACCUUUAUUCCUUUUGCAUUCUAUCCAGCGAUGGAACAAAAAAUGAGAAAUUCGUUUCUUCUUUUUAUUUUGUGUUCAAUAAAAAAAAUGAACAAUUAU